CAUAAUACUCGCUCAAUUCUCACGCUUAAUAAAAAAUCAUUCUUCUCACUUAAUCACGCAUUUGUCAUCGACUCCGCCUUGCUGCCGUGUCACCGCAGAUACCUGCUGUUGUGCCACCGCUUCCGUCACCUGAUUCAUCCUUUUCAGCGGCUCCACCGGCCUUGGGUCUUCCCGUCGUCCACCUAUCGUGUGAACAUACAGAAAAUGGCAAUUGCACCUGCACAAAUUCCUACUAGCUUUGGCCAUGAGUUGAGGGCAUGUCUUCGUUGCCGCCUUGUCAAAACCUAUGAUCAGUUCCGAGAGUCAGGCUGUGAGAACUGCCAGUUCUUUAAGAUGGAAGAAGAUCAUGAGCGUGUUGUUGAAUGCACUACUCCUAAUUUUAAUGGGAUCAUUUCUGUUAUGGAUCCCUCUCGCAGCUGGGCUGCCCGAUGGUUGCGCAUUGGAAAAUUCGCUCCUGGUGUUUAUACUCUUGCGGUCUCAGAGGCACUCCCAGAAGAGAUGCAGGCUAUAUGCGAGGACGAGCGUGUGCAGUAUGUCCCUCCCAAACGUCUGUGAAAUAUGUUAAUAUUGGCUGACAUCCUUUAACUUAGACAGAGACCAUGUUUGAUUUGAAUUCUGAGCACUAUUACUUUUUUUUUCAAUGAUACUGUAAAAAUUGGAGAUAUUUAUUGGAAUUAAAAUGGUACUACAUUGAAAACAAUAUCCAAGUAAAAUAAAUAAAAGAAUGUGGAAAA